ACAUAUACCCCUAGCUUGAAGGACUUUUGGCACGCAUUCAAAGCUGUCGAUCCAUUUGGUCUUAAAUUAGACCCGAUCCGCCCUCUUACUCGGUACCCAAAAGAGAUUGAGUUCAGAUAAGCAUUUUAAUUUAUCGCUCUUUCUCUAUUUCUCAUUCAUUAGAAAAGAACUUUAAUGCAUUUGGUAUAAUGGAGUAAAGCUUAAACCUUUUUGAAAUGGUACUUCAGUGUCUUGAUUUGAAGAAUUGGAAAGCUUCAUCUCCAUUGGCGGGGUUCGAAGCUCAUUUCCAAGUCUGGGUUCGAAUGGGUCCUUUGGUUCAAUGACUGAUUGGGGAUUUACAUUAUUGAAAUUUGAUUUUGUAUUAUUUGUUAUGCUUAGGUCUAAAUUAUACUGCUGUUUGUUGGAAGAAGUUGAUGGUAAAAGUCGAAACUCACCAUUUAUGACAUAUCGAAGCUUUGGGUUUGAAUCAAAAUCUAAAAAAGAAGUUGAAAAAUAUUGGUUAAAUUUUCAUUUAUUAUUACUGAUUUGAGUCUUUAAUUGUGAGUACAACACUAAAAUAUUGAUUUGCUGAAGAAAUUUGCAAACACCAUUAUAAGAAUUUUGAGAAAUUUGAAGAAGACAAAAUGGGUCUCUCUGAUUUCUUGACCCAAUUUUAUUCACAUUCUACUAACAUUCUUCUUCUUUCAAAUUCUUCCGUCCUCGACCCAAUUCUUGAGCUGGGCUACAUUCACUGGAAUGUAAAGAAAAAAAAUCAAUAUUUUUUCUACAAUCAAGAAGAAAUUGAAGAUUUUCUCUUCAGUCACAGCAAUUUUUUUGCACGGAUUUUUGAAAGGACUUAAAUCAGAUGAAGCAACUUUAAUACUUACAAUUGAUUUGCCACAUAUUAUGACAAUUCCUACCUUCAAAGGAGAGAUUGUGCUUCCUCCUAAGUAGAAGAAGUUACUAUUCGGCUUAUAUAAUUUUUCCUCAAUUUGUAUGAAAUUAUUGAAAGAAUUAGAGGGUUUCUAUCCAGUUGUUUGUAUUUUAAUGGUUUAACAUAUGAACUCAAUCUAUGAUUCAAAAAGAAGUAUAAAAAUUGGGUCUUUGUUCUUGAAAUUGUAAUGUUGGAUUUUGACGGUAAUUGCUGUGUUUAUUUGACUCAUUAGUUGUGUGAGUUGUUGCAACAUUUAAUUUAAAGAACAAUUUGUAUUUUUUAACAAUGGUGCAUCAAGUUUAAUUAUUUUUUCAACAUUUAAUGAAACGAGUCAUCUGCAUUUGGCGGGUCAAAUUUAAUGGAUCGGGUUCCGGGUAAUAGGUGAGUCGGGUCUAAUUUAAAAUCAAAUGGACCAACAACCUUGAAUGCGUGCCAAGUGUCCGGUCCGUCAAAUUAGAAGUAUAUAUGUUUGAAUACUAAGACGACAUGAGGUUCUUUUGAUCCAAUAGUAUAACGAAGCGUAAUUUUAAAUAAUUUUUGAUAGUAAAGGAAUAUAUCAUGACUUUUUCCAUUCAAUAGAUGGAGGUCAAUAACCAGCCAAACCUUGGGCGAGUUGGGCAGAUCAUUUGGAAGUGGGCCAAAUUUUACAAUCAUAGAUGUGCCUGAACCCAGGAUCAAAAAAUUAAAUCAGCGAUAUCAACAAGUACCGAGAGUCUCCUGGAAACAACCUCUCUGCCCCUCGGAGUAGAGUAAUAGUUAUAAAGAAUGGAUGCACCUAGAGGAACAGAAGCAGCAUCUACAUCAAUUUCAGAUAAUGGUCCUCCUCCUGCUUCUCCUAUUACAUCACAGGCUGAUUUUCAGAAAACGGAGUCCUCGAAUAUGGUUGCCAGUUUGGGCCCAAGCAUGAAACGAGCUGAUCUUUCCCUUCAAAUACCCCCAAAACAUACUGGUUUUGGAACUGGAAUUGGCAGAAAGUAUUCACCCCAUUCACCAGGUCCAAGAGGAGGUUUUCUGCGGGCUUUAAGCUUUAAGAAGAAAGUUUCUUCAUCUGACGGUGAGAGAAACUCUCUCCUCAGUUCAGAUCAAAAGGUAGCUCCAGGAAGCCCUCUUUCAGCAAACUUUAUCUCCUCCAAUUGGCAAAAAUGUACCUCUCUACCUGUGACCCCUGCUUCAAAUUCAUCUCCAUCAGUUUCCACGCCUAUUUCUGCUAGGACACAUGGCGAACAACAAAAGUCACAUUCAUCACGGAUUGGGGAAUCCAAAGCUAGCAUUUCAAGGUCUCUUUCUGUGCCUGGAAGAAAUUUUGUCAUUGUUAGAUCAAUGUCCUUUGCUACCCAUGAAGAGCAUGUUCCAGAUGCUGGAGAUGAAAUUACUCCUGCUCCUGAGAAUGAGGAUAGGGAAAUCCCUGAAGAGGAAGCAGUUUGUAGGAUAUGUCUGGAUGCAUGUGAUGAAGGCAAUACGUUCCAAAUGGAGUGCAGCUGCAAAGGUGACCUAAGACUUGUUCAUGAGGACUGUGCGAUCAAGUGGUUUAGCAUGAAAGGGAACAAAACUUGUGAUGUUUGUCGGCAGGAAGUUUCUAAUUUACCUGUGACUUUGCUUCGGGUCUCAAGCACUAAUCAACGAGAUAACAUACAGGAGCACAACAACUCUAGAAGAAUAAGUGCUUGGCAGGAUUUUGUGGUGCUUGUUUUGAUCAGCACAAUAUGCUAUUUUUUCUUCCUUGAGCAAUUACUGGUUCAUGACAUGAAAACUCAGGCGCUUGUGAUUGCUGCACCAUUUGCGUUUACACUAGGUCUUUUGGCAUCUAUUUUUGCUGUCAUCCUAGCUAUUAGAGAGUACAUAUGGACAUAUGCCGCUCUAGAGUUUGCUCUUGUGGCCAUUACUCUACAUGUUUUCUACUCUAUGCUUCAAUUGCAGGCAGUCUAUUCAGUAAUGAUAGCAUCAGUAUUGGGUUUUGGUGCUUCUAUGAGUCUCAAUGCAAUGUACAUUCGAUACUAUUCCUGGCGAGUCCAAAUUUCUGAAAAUUCUAUCCCUGCAUGAAAUGAGUAUGAUGGUGAAAUGAUCAAGUUGUAUAGGAAAUAUUGUAUAUGCUUCUUUUCCACCUUAAAGAUGUAUUUUCUUCGUAUUAUUUUCUCUUAUUUCUUUUCCUCAUCAUCUUAUGUGAUGAGGUUGUUGAUACCUCAAGAAAUCUGGCAGUCAAAUGUGUAUAGCGAUAUAGGUAAGGUAGUUAUCCCUUGUCUUUUUUCUGUCUCUAGUGCUAGAGAAUAGAGCUCAAUGUAAGGCUGGGACGGAUAUUAUCAAAUUCUUAAGCACUGGUUCUGCCCUGGUUGAUCUGAUCAGGCUUCUUAUUUCAACUA